AUGUCAUCGCCAAUUUUUAAUCUUCAAAAAGCUUUAUCAACUGAAUCACUUAACUUACGACAUGAUACGUCUCAACAACGUAUUAGUUUACAACAUAUAUUCAAUUCAUGUGUACUUGAUAAACAUCAGCGUGUUAAUGCUGGUGAACUCAUACGACAUUUUCGUUUCGUAACCGAACAAAAUACCGAUUUAUUAAGUGUACAACUUGAUUUUAAUUUUUUAUUAAAUCAACUUGGUGGAGCUGAUCAACAAGUGACAUUCGAUCAAUUAUUUCAUGCUGUUGAAAAGCUUUAUUCUCAACUUAUUGAUAUAAGUACACCGGUAUCAAAAUCUGUUUCAUCCAAUGCACUUCAUUCAUCAUCAUCAUUGAAGAAGCGAAAAAAUAAAGAAAAUAUUGAUUCACAUACAAGUGAUGAUGCAUCAUCGCAUUCAUUCGAUAUUCGUAGAAAAUCAAUGGAUCAUGAAAGAUGUAAAAUUGAACAUAGUGAAUUAAUGGAAAUAAAUCGUCGACAAACUGAAUGUUUACGCAUGAUUGAAGAGGAAUAUAAAAAAUUAGAUGAUGAUCAUCAACGUUUACAAAUUCAAUAUGAAGAUAUACAAAAGAAAAAACUUUCGUUAGAAGAUGAUCUUACUCGUAAUUCACGUUAUAUCAAUGAAAAUGUUGAAUUACAUAUAUAUAAAACUCAAUUAGAAAAUUCUAAUCGAGAGUUGAAAGAAGACAAUGAAUGUUGUGAACGAGAAAAAUUUGAACUUCAAGAACAAUUAAUUGAUCUGGAAAAUCAUUUACAAAUUAUUCGAGAUGAACGUAAUCAAUAUAUGACGAGAUUACUUGAUGUUGAACAUGAAUUAAAAAUUGAAUUAAACGAUCGACAGCAAUUCGAAGGACAAUUAAAUGUAGCAAAAAAUCAAUUAAAAGAAAAUAAUCAAAUGAUUAGUUCUUUUCGAGUCACUAUGGAUGAUUUGACUCUUGCUAAUCAAGAUUUGAUGCGAAAAAAUGAAAAUUUAGAAAAAAAUCUUGAAGAACUUCGUCAACAACUUCGAAGUGCAAAAACUGAAUCGAUUGAAGCUCGAUUAUCUCUAUCAAAUUUAUGUGAUGAAGAAAGUUUUCUAUGCGAUGAACUUGAAGAACGUGUUGAUGUAUCACGUCGAGCAACAAUUUCAAAUGGACAAUCAUUAUUUGCCGAAAUAAAUACAAUGGACAGUAUUUCAAAUGAAUGUGUAUCACAAUGUCUUGAUUCAUCCAAUAUCGAAACAAUCGAUGAUAUGGAAGUACAAAUUCUUCUAUCAAAAAGUGAUUGUUUUAAUUCUAUUUGUCUAAAAGAUGUGUUUCAUGAAUUACAUGCCAAUGGUAUGAAUAUUAAUGAACAUUUGAUGAUAUUAAUGGAUAAAAUUCAUUGUACACAAGAUCAAGAAUAUAUUUUGACAACAUCGAAUUUAAUUGAUAAAUAUAUACUGAUAAUAAAGAAUUUAAUUAAAAAAGUUAUUGAUAAUAAAGAUGUAUUUGAAGGACGUUUUAGAAAAUUACAAACACUGUUACUUGCUAGUCGAGAAAAACAACAAAAAUUUCAAUUGGAAUUAAAUGAAUUUUCUAAUUUUAUUCGAUUAAAUUUAACAUCAACAAAUAUUAUUCCGAUAUUAAAAGAUUAUCAUGAGAUGAUUGAAGAAUUAAAAUCGAAAGAAGAAAUUGCCACUAAAAAUAAUCGAAUUUUAGAAGAACAAUUAAUGAAAGUAAAAGUUGAGGAAAGAGCUGAAAGAUUAAAAUGUAUUUUUCUUACUAAACAACUGAAAAAAUUAAAUUCAAAAACAAAAGAGAAACAAGAAUAUUCCGAUGAAAAUGCUAAUCGAAAUUUAUCCGAUUUAACCACUGGUAUUUGUCCAUUUCAUUCUAUUCGAGAGUUACUUCGUGAUGAUCAUGAAUUAUUUAAUUCAACUUCACCAUCAUUACCAUGCCGAUGUUUAAAUCGAUCACAUUCAAAUCCUGAAAUUACCCCAAGAAAAUCACCAUCAAAACAUAUUCGAUGUCUAUCAUCACCAUGCUCAUCAAUACCAACUAUUACAGCUACGGAUUCUGGUUUAAAUACAUCAUCGAAUUGUACAACAAGUCGUUCACCAACACCGGAUUUAAAUGAAGAUAUAUCAUCGAUAACAUUCGAAAUUGAUUCAUUGUUUGAUCGAACACUUAUAAAAGAAGAUCAUUCUUUAAAACAACAAACCGAAAAGAAAUCGAACCGAUCUGUCGCUAUAAAAAAUACACAAUCAAAUCGAAUAAAACGAGUUUUAAAAAGAUUACAAUGGUGUGCAUUAUUAAUUAGUUGUACAAUAGUUUUAUUCAUUUGGAGUGUAAUCAUACGUUAUUAUUGUUUAACAUCACCAAAUGAUGAUGAUUGUAAUCGAUUAUCGUUUGCUUGGUGGCCAUUUGCUUACUGUUCAACUAAUGGUAUUACUCUCUAA